AAAUAAACAAGAUUAUCAUCUGGUUCCUGCCAUUCUAUCCCCAUUGCGUUUAAAACACAGGGUGAAGUUGUCCAAUCUGGCAACAUGUCCAUCUCCAUUACACAGCCCCUGCGCGUGUGGAGGAAUGAAGUAGUACAAACUAUUAAAAAAGGAAGUUUUAGUUUAUUCUAAGCACUGAAUCUACUCGCUUUUGUGAUGAAACACAAGUGCAGGAGGAGAGGAGAGGAGUAGGUUUCUACAGAAUAAAACAGAUCCAUCUUUGAUUUAUUCACUAAAAUAAACAGAAAGAAGUGGUGUUUUUAUCUCCAGCUGCUGCAGAAGUGAUGAAGAUGAGGAUCAGCGCGGAAUUUAAUUAACUAUUAAUAUUGGAUUGAGGUCUGAUUUUCUUCUGAAUGAAACCCUGCUGCUGGUUUAAACGGAACCAUGAAGCUUUGAAGGAUCUGAAAAUAGAAAUCAACCAACAAACAACCAUGGGCUGCUCUGUCGUCAUCGUCGCCACUGCCGUAGCAACUCUCGGCGGUCUGGUGUUUGGCUACGAACUCGGAAUCAUCUCUGGUGCGCUGCUGCAGCUCCAGGUCCAGUUCCAGCUGAGCUGUGUCCAGCAGGAGGCUGUGGUCAGCUCCCUCCUUGUCGGAGCCAUUCUGGCAUCUGUGAUCGGUGGCUGUCUGAUCGACCGUCAUGGCAGGAGGGCCUCUAUCUUCCUCAGCAACCUUUUGAUCAUUGGCGGGAGCCUCAUCCUGAGCGUUAGCAUCUCGUUUCUGAUGCUGAUCUCCGGCCGGGUCAUGGUGGGCUUUGGUAUGUGUGUAUCCUCCAUGUCCUGCUGCAUCUUCGUGUCUGAGAUGGUUUCUCCCGAACGCAGAGGUCUGAUGGUCACUCUGUAUGAAGUUGGCGUCACGGGUGGGAUUUUGCUUGCGUACGCUGUGAACUACGUCUUAUCAGGAGCUCAGGAUGGAUGGAGGUACAUGUUCGGGUUGGCCGUUGCACCCUCGCUUGCACAAUUAGUUUCUAUUUGGGUUCUACCAUCUCAGCAGACGCCAUUCGUCCAGCUCCUGAACGAGGGAGAAGGAAAUGAGACACAAACAAACAAGAAGGUGUACACAAUCACAAAUCUGUUUCAGCGCCAGGAUAACAUGCGCACCAGGACCGUGAUCGGACUCGGGCUGGUCGUCUUCCAGCAAUUGACAGGUCAACCAAACCUUCUCCUCUAUGCCUCCACGGUCUUCCAGUCUGUAGGUUUCGAGAGCGAUGCAUCUGCCAUGUCGGCUUCGCUUGGCCUCGGGACCGUUAAAGUUAUCGCGACGCUAGCUGCCAUGAUGUGUGCGGAUAAAUUCGGGCGGCGGCCGCUUCUGAUUGGCGGAUGCUCCGUCAUGGCGUUGGGUUUGAUGACGAUCGGAUUCCUAAGCAGACAUUUGGAGUUUGAAGCUGUGAGACGCUGCGGCAACGACUCCGUGUUACCAGAGAUCCCAAACACCACCACCAGCGCUUUAGGUUUAAAUGUGACCACGCUUGUGGAUCACACAGGAAAUUUGAACUGGAUUAUUUUGUUCUGCAUGAUGGUUGUCGUCGCCGCCUUCUCCAUGAGCUUCGGUCCAAUGACGUGGGUGGUGCUGAGUGAAAUUUUCCCGCCAGAUGUGCGAGGACGAGCGUUUGCAUUCAGCAGCUGCUUUAACUGGACGGCCAACCUGAUUGUCACCUUCUCUUUCCUCAACGUCAUCGAUGUGAUUGGUGUUACCGGAACUUUCUUAGCGUACGCCGUGAUCUCGAUCACAUCCGUCGUGUUUAUGUACCUCCUUCUACCGGAGACAAAAGGCAAAGCGCUGCAGGACAUCGACAGGGAGCUGCGCGAGAGACGAUUUCCUCCGAGAGAAGAAUUCUGCAGUGUUUUCCAGAGAAGACAGUUUUCACCUCGAUAUCAGAGAGUCUCCUGGACCAGUUCGGUGUUAUAAAGUUCACCAGCAGUGCAGUUUAUUGUCUUUGGGUUUCAGUUCUUCUUCUCCUUUUUUGUUAAAUUAUUUACUGAUGAAUAAAUAAAAACGAAGUGAACAUUU